UUAAUGUCAAAGUUAAAAAAUGUCAAUAAAUACAGCAUGGUUAUCAUAGUUUGAAAUAAUCAUACGAUUCAUAUAUUUUUUGCUUAUUUUACCUCUCAACGGUUUUAUCUUGUAUCUCCUGAACAAGAGGUAAAAUCUAGAAACAAUUUACACAAGAAAAUAUAAUAUUUGGUUUGAAUCAUGGAUCGAUCAAAAAAGAAAUUGCAAUUGCCAAAAUCCGUGUUGGAUAUGAAAUUUAUGAGAAAAACUAAAGAAAGGAUAGAAAAAGAAUUAGAAAACACCCAAGAUCAUGAAAAUUUAUACUCGAAUAUUAUCACAGAUGAGAUGCGUACUGCGUCUGGUAACUAUGUAUCAGAGUCCAGUUUUAUAUUUUGCGAAGACUUGUUGGAAGGAAGACUAUCUUUUAAAGGGAUGAAUCCAGAGAUUGAACGUCUUAUGAGAGCUGACAAAAAUGAAGAUAGUGAUGAUGGGGAGAUGCAAAAAGAUAUCUCUGAUGAUAUAUUAGCCAAGAAAAUGGAUGCAUUCCAUAAAAGAAAAAGAGAAUCGAGCGAUAAAAAACCACAAGGACCUAGCAAUAAGAAGAAGAGAUUUCACGAACAACCCAAGAAAAAGGGCAAAAAUCAGAAAAUAAAUUCAUCAAAGUCAGCUUCUAAAACAACCUCAUGGACCACAAUCGUAGAUGUAGAAUCUGAGUAAAGCGGUCUAGAUAUGUCCAUGUACAGAAUAUUAAUAUGUACUUGAGUACAUGAAAAUUAAUUGUUUCACCAUGUUUAUUGUCAGGAAGAAAUAAAUUUAUAUGACAGAUAAAA